AUUAUGUAUGUAUCCUCGCAGAACCCUCCUUGCUGCACCGCGGGCCACCGACAGCUGGCACACAGACAACCACCGCACCGCUGCACUCUACGCUGCACCAGCCAUUGGCACCGCUCCUCUGCUCCUCGCUUGCGCUCGAGCUCCAGCUUUGAGAACGGUCCUCUCGCUAGUUUCCAUAGCGCUGUCUCCUUUCGACUGACACUCGCCAUACAUUCGUCAAUAGACUUCGCAGCCUCUGUCUGCACUUCGUGGUGCACUGCCCUGCCGCACAAUCACUACGGGUAAACCCAGUCUCGACGCUCUCGCCUCCUCUCGCCUCCUCCCUCUUCUCCCCUCCUCCCUCGCCUGCAUCCACGCCCUCGCAGCUCUCCUCUCCUCCCCUCGCUGUCGCCACACCCCUGCCAGUCCCAGUCAGUCGCGAUCGAGUAGCCGACCAGUGAGCAUCACGCCAGCGCUCAGCCGCCCCGCAUCGCUUGCUUCCAGCACUCCGCUACACGCAAGCGGACACCGACGCCGAAACUAGCAGCAGUUUCGGGCUCCGGUUCCGAAUCUCCCUCGCCGUCAACCGGAUUUUGACACUGCUCGCCAAUGUCGUCGUUUGGAGCGCAGCACAGGCACCCGACGUGGACCACCCCGUACCAGCGUUACCAGUACCGACCAGUGCGGAUCAGGAAGAUCCCUAUCCGGGACUAUUCGCGCUAUCCGAUUUACCCUGGACAACCCAAUCUCAUCGACUUGCCUCGUGGCAGCGAAGGCUACUGGAACAUCGCGCAACUGUGGGAGCAGUACAAGGGAGAAAACGUCAACAAGUACUCCAUCAGGACCAUCCAAACGAUAUGCAACUCGGACAUAUAUGAAGAGUUCUACGCAGUGAAGGAGGAGUACGAGCUGUGCAAACCCCGCGCCGAAGUGUACACGCUGCUGCAUGGCACAAAGGCGUCAAACGUGGAUGGAGUCGUUCGGAACAACCUACGGAGGGAGUACAUCGACCUGGCGGAAGAAAAUAGAAAUAGCCAGUUUUACUGCGGCGAUGGAUUCUACUUUACGCAGAGUGCUCCAUACGCUUUGAAAUUUUCCGAACCUGAUGACAUGGGCUACAAGUUCGUGUUCGUUUUCGACGUCCUCGUCGGAGACAUGUACGCACCACCGCAGAACACACCCAGAGAGCACAUCCCACGAUUGCUCCCGCAGUGGGAACAAUGUGAGGUGCUCCAACGAUAUCACAGCGAGAUUUUCAGACCUUCCAGGACCAAGCUACCGGUCUCUAUGAGGUUCGACACGACACGGCCCGCCAGGAAGCGAGUUGAAUCCUUCGUCAAGUUCCAAGAGGCGGAGUUCUACCCCACCCACCUCAUUACCUUGGAGCCUGUGGAGCGCCGUGCUAUGGAGACAUCAAGCAACACCCUUAAUUUCCACGAUCGCUACUCUAGCGCUUCCCAUUAUGGGCGUUACUCUCAGCGUUACUGAACCCUCUGAACUCAUUAAACUGGAUAACGGGCAUGAAUAUUCGCACUGUGUCUGUCUGUCGGUCUGUCGGUCUGUCGGUCUGUCUAUCUGUCUGUCUGUCUGUCUGUCUGUCUGUCUGUCUGUCUGUCUGUCUGUCCCUGUCGGUCUGUCUGUUUGUCUGUCUGUCUUAAAAAGGCAGAACGCCUUCUAAAGGCCACAAACAAAAUGAUAAAUUUCAUAAAUUACCUGUAUUUUACAACAACAAAAAAAAAAUCUUCGUUAUAAUUUGAAGACAUUGCAUAGCGUAAAAUUUCCUGAUGGGUUUGAGUUGUAUUAAAGUCAGUAGCAUUUUGCCACUUUGAAAAGAGCUUCACUCGAAUUGCCAGGUCGAACCAAUAAUAAUUGAUGGAUAAAACAA